AUGUUAGCAGUAGCUUAUCAUCCUUUUUCUGCAACUCAAACCGGCAAUGCAUUGGAUGCUACUGAAUGCCUUGCUCGUGAAACCGAACUUCCAACCAUCCAACGAAUUUCACCAAAGUUACAGCCUGUGACCUGCACAAGAAAAAACACAAAUUGCUUUUCACCUUCCCAUUUUUCAGAAUUUCCCAACAAAUUGAGUUUCAAACCUUCGCCAACGAUUCUAUCCUAUUGCUUUCAGGUAAGAAGUAUUACACUUCCCGAAUGCAGACAAAACGAGAACACUGGGACGGCGAGCAAUGUAUCCAUCGCAAACAAACCCGCUGAAUGCAGUAAUUCACCCGAGCUUCCGCCGAGAGGUCUACCUCCUCUAGUGAGUGCAUUGAAAGCCUCAGCUGAACAAAAUGCUGCUUCUUUUCACUUUCCUGGACAUAACAGAGGCCAUGCCGCACUUGCUUCGAUGACUCAACUCAUUGGAAUAAGACCAUAUGUUCAUGAUUUGCCUGAGCUUCCAGAACUUGAUAACCUCUUUUGUCCUCAAGGCCCCAUAUUAGAAGCACAAAAAGAAGCAGCCAAACUGUUUGGAUCAUCACACACAUGGUUUCUCGUCGGAGGUACUACUUGUGGGAUCCAUGCAGCAAUUGUUACAGCCUUUCACCAAUUAACCUCCAUUUGCUCAUGA